AUGUCAAAAUGCUUAGUGUGUAACAAAAAUGACUCAAAGUACAAGUGUCCCAAAUGUAAAAUCCCUUACUGCUCAUUGAUCUGCUUCAAAGCCCCAGCACACAACCAUGAUAAUAAUGAUAAUUCUCAGAAAGCUGCAAAAGACGAAGAGCCCCAGCUACUUAGGAAAACAACGAAAUCUUUGACAUCAGCAGGAAUAACCAAAGAUAAACUAUCCAAAUUAAAACCUUCAUCGCAAAAGAUCCUCCAAAAUGAUAAACUUAAUGGCAUGUUAUCGCUACUUCUGCUACCACAGUUACAAAUCCAAUUGAUAAUAUUAAACAAAAUCAUAAACGAUGUAUCGUUAACCAACGAGGGCUCAGCAGAAGACAGGAAAGAAAUCGCAAUCAAGAAGUUGGAAACUCUACGAAUGGAUGGGAUGCAUCCAAAUGAAUUGGUAGAGGAAUUUUGCCAAUUAUUUGAGAAGUUAAACAGUAACGAUGACAAACCCCUUGAUACUUGA